UAUCUUCCAUAACGAUGUAAGGUUUUCUAAGAUAGAGAGUGUGACUGACCAAAGCCACUGAGCAUGUCUGUUAGUUUGUUUGUUUUUGUUUGUUUCUUUUCUAACCAGUCAGUGACUGUCUGUUUGUUUACAGGUUUGGCUCUUCAGUCUCUGGAACCCAAAAGGAAAUUCAGCCCCUGCUGUCUGCUGAGCCCGCCCCCUCCCCCCCUCUUCCCUCCUCCACCUGUCAUCUGGGAGAGACGCAACCGGGCUGUGGAUUCUCCUCCUGCCACAGGGACAAAAGAGGACAAAGGCAAACAGAGCCACACUACCUGCUCCCCUGGUCCUCCUGGACCCGCCGGCCCACCUGGUCCACAGGGUCUACCUGGAAUCCCAGGUCCAAAAGGUCCUAAGGGGGAAAAGGGAGAACUCGGACGACCUGGACAAAAGGGGCGAACUGGAUCACCAGGUCUCCCUGGCCGACAAGGACCAAGUGGCUGGCCAGGACCAAAAGGGCCCAAAGGUGAAAAAGGGGACCCAGGAAUGAUGGGAUUGCCUGGGGGCAGAGGACCAAUAGGACCUAAGGGCUUACCAGGAUAUAAAGGAGAGAAGGGGUCGCGAGGUGACCGAGGAGAGGCUGGACAAAGGGGUGAAAGGGGCUCAAUGGGUCUUCCAGGAAUGCUUGGCCAGAAGGGGGAGAUGGGACCAAAAGGUGAGCCUGGAAUCUCAGGGAACAGAGGGCCAACGGGAAGGCCAGGGAAGAGAGGCAAACAGGGUUUGAAAGGAGACAUCGGUAUGGUUGGUCCAAUGGGUCCUCCUGGACCUCAGGGAUCCCCUGGUCACCCAGGUCCACCUGGUCAACCUGCCUCAGGACUCUACUUAGUUGGGCCGAAAGGAGAGAAAGGUCACCCGGGCAGCCCAGGACGCUGCGGCUGCAACGCUCCUCUGGGUGUCAGUAACAACCCUCCGUUUGACGAGCUGUCAUUUAGGAGUAACCACCCCAAAGUCCCUGUGAUAUUUGUGGUGAACAACGAGCAGGAACUAUAUCGGCUUCACACGGAUAAUGCCCUGGCUUUCCGGAAAGACCAGAGAGCCCUUUACUUCAAGGACAUUGAGGGCUGGAUGCCAAUCCAGACUUUGUCAUUCCAGCUCACCCCAUUCCAAUCCAUGGAACACGCUCCGGAUGGGUUCUGUGGAGACGGAAUCGUCCAGCCGGAGAACGGAGAGGAUUGUGAUGAUGGGAACCGGGUGGUGACUGACGGCUGUGUCAAGUGUAAGCAUGCAUUCUGUGGAGAUGGAUACAGGUACGAGGGAGCUGAGGAGUGCGACGGGAAAGACUUUGGCUAUCAGACGUGCAAAUCUUACCUGCCGGGAUCAUACGGACAUCUCAGAUGCACCGCUGACUGUUUCAUCGAUUCUACAAACUGCAAAUAUUUCACAUGAGACCCAGGAAGAUGAAGAUGCGCCAAUGGAGCUCUCGACGUCUUGCUUUCAUGGCAUGAAAAAGACACGCAAAUCAGACACGCUGCAAACCAGAGGCUCCGGAGACGGGAUCACGCAAUAUUUGAUUCAAAGGAAAAAAAAAAACAAAAAAAAAACGACAACAUGGAAACCAGUGUAAUGUUCUGUCAAGCUGUUUUUGGAUUUGCUGCUGGUGAAGCUUUGUAUCUCACUGACGAGGGAGAUCUGCUCCCUGCCACACACACACAACCUCACGCUCUCCGUCUUACAGACUAAACCCGACUAGAGGACUCAGCCAAGACUUCAGACGCCAUGUCCUGCUCCUCUCUCUGCCCACACUGCCUGCUGCACCCAGACGAAGACUGUUCAUCGUUUCAGGGCAGACGAGUACAGGCUGGAAACUCAAUACCUCAACGUAGUACUGUUCAAAAGGGCCGCCACCUUCCUACGGCCUCUUACCUGCCCUCAUACCCAGGGUGCUGUGUGAUUAUACUGCAAUAUGAAUGAGUGGCAUUUUGCAUGAGAUAGCUGUAGCUAUGGAAACAGAGGUCACAAACAAGGCAUGUAACCAAGGCUUAAAUAAACAGGCCUGCUUAUCUAUUAGAGCUGUAUAAAUAGACAGACCCAGACCAAAUUAGUGUAUGGAGGAAACCACGCAUUGUUAUUGAAGGCUUCAAUCAGAGGGUUUCAAACAGCUUCAAGCCUCUGCUCAUAGGGCGAAAUGGUGACGAGAACCUUUCCACAGGCAGCGGAUUAGUGCUGAGACUGCUAAGCCAAGCGCUGGCUUUUGAAACAUCGAGAAAGAAAAAAAAAAAGGUUUCCAUGCCAUGGGAAAAA